AGAGCUCCUUGGACCGUCACCAUGGAGAGAGCUUGCUGCAGAAAAUCAUUUUGUAAUUCGAUUUUUUCGUGUUAAUUUAGAUGAAUGGAGGGAUGGAGCAUAAACCAUCAGGGCAUAAUGCCGCGUUGCACAAAGCGCCCAAGAACUAUAAGUUAUUGAUAGACCCAUUUUUGGUAAAAGGAGCAACCAAGUUGUACAGAUAUGAUGGGCAAGUGCCAGGAGACAACACAUACCCUCCUGUGCAGUGCAGAGACCCACGAUCGCAGCUCUCCAGAAUCUGGAAUAGACUAGAAGCUGCUGAUCUGCCGGUUCCUAGGUUUAAAAUAGAUAAAAAUUAUGUAGGAACUCCACCAGCUUUAGAAAUAACAAUAGCAAACCUGAAUGACAACAUUGAUAAGGCUUUUUUAGCUGAUAUGAUGAAUAAAGUUGGCCCUUAUGAAGAAUUGACCAUAUUCUACCAUCCAAUGACAAAUAGACAUUUGGGAUUUGCAAGAAUAGUGUUUCAAGAUGUGAAAUAUUCAAAGCUAUGUAUAGAAAAGUAUAAUGGCAAAUCUGUUAUGGGUCAGGUGCUAGAAGUCUUCCAUGAUCCAUUUGGCAAGGUAUGUCAGGAGAUGUACGAAGAUAAGACAAUGGAGAGAAAGCUGCACCCUGCACCGGCAGCUAUCAAACCUCCUAUUGUUGAAGAUGUGAGAGCAACUAAAGUUGACCCCACACUCAGCAAGAGAUUAGAGGAUCCUAAGAUUACUGAAAAGGAAGCAUAUCCUCGGGCGUAUAAAGACGUGGAACCUAGUGACAGCAAUGCGCGAUGGUCCGAUGAAGAACGAGAGUACAGGCAUCGCCAUCGUAGCCGCGGAGAUCGCGAUCGGGACAAGGACCGUUCAGAGCGCGACAGGGACCGCGAUAGAGAUAGAUACCGCGAGCGGUACGCGCGCAGUGCGAGCGAGACUGGUGAGCCAUUCGCGGCGCCCAGUCACACCACCGACGUGCCGUACACACCCGCCGCGUCUGCAUCCGCGCCCGCGCCCACGCCCGUCGCUUACGACUCUUAUUACCAACCAGGGUAUGCUUAUACGGGGUACAGCGGUAGCAGCGCCGGCAGCACUGCUACGCCUGGCGGCAGCGGCGUGUGGUGGCCUGACUGGCGGCAUCCACACCACACCCCCCACACGCCCGCACCGCAUCACCACCAUUCACAUCUGGAGCGACGAUCCAGCGCGACGCCGGCAGCGGCGUGGACGGCGCCUGUCACCCCCGCCACCCCCGCCGCCAAAGAGCGCGCCUCGCCAGAGCCCAAGGACAAAAAGGAGAAGGAGAAGGAGAAAGAAAAAGAAAAGGAGAAGGAAGUGGUACCCGAGGUCACAGUGGUGGAAGAGCCGGAACCGCGGCCGCCGGAGGAAGCGGCGGAAAGCACGGAGCCCGAACCCAAACCGCCGCCGCCACCUCAGGACGAACCCAAGAACGUCGACCUCGAUACAAGAAUAGCGAUGCUGCUAAAAGGCGCGGGUAGCGCAGGCGCCGGUGGGUUGGCACCGCCUUUUCUUACGCUGGGUAUGUCAUCUGAAGAGGAAGACGAUGAGCGCGUGCCGCCACCCUUGCCUGCCAACAUACCUGACCUUGAUGCACAUCAACCCUCUUCAGAUGAUGAAGGUUCAGGCAGCGAGGACCGAGAAAGCACGGUGUCGUUUAAUACGCGGAAGGAGCUUGAUCCUGAGCCACUAUCUACCACGCCGUCGCCGUAUCUCUCGCGGGAAUUCUACCUUGAGUGUAUUAAGAACACUGUUGAACAGAAAGUAAAAGAGGCAGAAAGAAGAAAAUUCCCGCCAAUCGACAAGAUCGGCUCGGAUAUAUCGUCGUCAGAAGACGAACUUUUAACGGGCGAGGACCCAAAGCGAUCGCCGACCGCCGCGCCACCUGAACCAGAAAGAGAUCAGGAUAAUUUAGAGGAUGAUCAGAUGUCGCUGUCGUCGCUUUCGUCAACCGAAGCAAAGAUCGAAGAGCAAGUUCCUGCGGAGGCAUACUACUAUGCCCCCACGCACCCCGCGCCCGCGCAUCCAACACACCCCGCACACCCAACGCACCCUGUCCACCCCACUCACCCACCGCCCGCUGCGCAUCCCUACUACCAGCCCGUUGCAUGGCCGCCUACAGCGUAUCCCCCACCUGGUUACCCCGCUCCAGCGGACAUAGCUAUAGCGUACAGCGGCGGUUUCGCGGCGCCACCUAUUUUAACACAUCACUACCAAGCGUAUCCUGAACCAGUAGUCCCUACACAGGAGUGUGACAACCCCUACUACUCCACAAUAAACAGCGUAAUCGAGCGAGUAACGGCCGAACUCAAGAUGAUUCUAAAGAAGGACUUCAAUAAGAAGAUGAUCGAAAGCACAGCCUUCAAGAGCUUCGAAGGGUGGUGGGAUGAACAGAGCCGCAAGACUAGGCAGGCCAAGCCAUCACAAGAACCUGGACAGCCGUUACAGGACAUCUCAAACAAAAAAGAAGAGAUGGUCGACUCUAUUAAGUCGAUAAUGGAAUCGCGAGACCUCGGAUUGGAGUUAGGUGGCUACGGAGCAGGCAUAGGACUAGGUCUUCGGGCGGCUAUACCGAAGAUGCCUAGCUUCAGACGCAAGAGAAAAAUACCCUCACCUAUUGUUAUGGACGAGGACUCUAAUAAACGCUUCAGUGAUCAAGAGGAAAUCGUGCAGAACUCUGAUGAAGAGAAGGAGGUACCAACGAGUCCAAGGAACAGGACGACUGGCUCGUACUUGUCGAGGAGUCGACGGCGGCAGUCCAGUAGCUCUUCGUCAUCAGCAUCAUCUUCGACUCGGUCGUCGUCGGAAUCAGAAUCAGAGCCGGAGCGGAAAGGUGCCGCACCGCGUUUAUACUCCGAUUCCGAGGAUGACUCCGAUCUCAAUGAGGCUGAACUUAAAGUUGUAUCAAACAAGGAGAGGCUACGGCGGGUAUACUCAUCGUCAUCCGAUAGCGAAGAGGAACAAAGCAGAAGAGAGAAAACCCCAAUACCUCCCGUGGAAGCGUCAGACGAUCGUCUUGGAUCCCCAAUCCUUUCUCCAGAAGAAGAACCGAAAGAUCCGAUCCUGGAUCGCGUAUAUUCCGACUCUGAAGAGGAACGGGAGUACCAGGAGAGGAGGAGACGGAACACCGAGUACAUGGAACAGAUCGAGCGAGAAUUCCUCGAAGAACAAAGGAAAAACAUGGAAUCAGAUCUUCGACCGCAGCCUGAGAAACCGCCUGACGAAAGCAAAUUGGAAAGCAAAAAGGAGGAACCCAAAAGCAGUCCCAUCAAAAACCAUCUCAAGUCUCCUGAAAAGAGUAAACCGGAAACAGAGGUCGAAGAGGGCGAGAUCACUUCCGAGGAGGAACCGCUCGAUGUGCGGCGCAAAAAAGAGCGCAAGCAGAGAAAGGAGCGGAAAGAAAGGAAGAGCGAUAAGCGACAGCGGAUCGUGUCACUUAGCGAGCAUAGUAACACUGAUGCUGUUAGUAUCAACGGGGUUAAGGAGAUCAGCAGCGCAGUGUCCGAGACGUCGUCACCGCAAUCUCAAGCGUCGCAAGCGUCACAGGCAUCACAAGUGGCGCUUGAUCACUCGUACUGCCGUCCUCCGCCCGACCAAGAGGAGAGAAGGCCCUCCAAUCAUCUGCAGCAUGAUCAUGGUUACACGUGGAUGGCAGAGCCAGAGAUUGAAUCUCCCAAGGAGGAAGUCAAACCUAAAGAGAAAACGAAGAGGCCCUACAAACGAAAGUACGAGACCAAGAAACUCGCGGAAAUACAGAAUAAGUUAUACGAAACUCGUGAUGACUACGACCAACUUCUACACUCGAGCGUCACGUUCAAACCUCGCGACAUUAUGGGCGAAAUGCAAGUCAUGUACGAAUUCCUCACCCGUGGUAUCGACAGGGAAGACGUCGAGUAUCUACGCAGAGCGUACGAAUCUUUACUCGCGGAAGACGCGCAAGGGUAUUGGCUGAAUGAUACGCACUGGGUCGAUCAUCCGCCCACAGAUGUUGUGUACGGGCCGCCUAAGAAGAAAUCUAAGAGACAUAACAACAUUUACGAGGAUCUACAGGGUCAUUCAAGCGGUUCAGCUCGAACAGAAGGCUACUACAAAAUGGAUGCACGACUCAAAGCUAAGUACAAGUACCACCACGGGCGGAACACAGCCGUUACCGUCGAGGCGCCGGUCGAGGACAAAGCUAACAAGGCAGCGAAGAUUGCGACUGCGUCGUCAAGAGAGGCUCGCUCAAAUCAGAGAAGAUUGCUUACUGCCUUUGGCACAGAUACGGAUUCAGACCUUCUUAAGUUCAACCAGCUCAAAUUCAGAAAGAAACAGCUCAAGUUUGCCAAAUCGGGCAUUCACGACUGGGGACUUUUCGCACAGGAGCCCAUAGCAGCGGACGAGAUGGUGAUCGAGUACGUGGGUCAGAUGAUCCGGCCGAUCGUGGCGGACGUGCGGGAGGCGCAUUACGAGGCAACAGGAAUCGGGUCGUCGUACCUAUUCCGUAUCGACCUCGAUACGAUCAUCGAUGCUACCAAGUGCGGUAACCUGGCGCGUUUUAUCAACCACUCUUGCAAUCCAAACUGCUACGCGAAAAUUAUCACAAUCGAGUCGCAAAAGAAGAUUGUCAUAUACUCAAAACAGCCGAUCGGCGUCGACGAAGAAAUCACUUACGAUUACAAGUUCCCUCUCGAAGACGAGAAGAUACCGUGCCUUUGCGGCGCUCCGCAGUGCCGCGGAUUCCUCAACUAGAAGCCGAUAAUAUUCUAGCUAGAACUAUGGUACUUAUUUCUAUACAGUUAUACUACUGAUUACAUUCGUUUGCAGUUUUAACAAAUGCAAUCAUAAUGCAUUUGUUUAUAAUCUGCAAAUAAUUUAAUUCAUCAAUUAGACUGAAAUGAACUUAUUCGCAUGCAUUCAUGUGUGCCUUUAUUAUGUAUCUUCAAAGCAAUACAACGCGUUGUUAUAUUGAAUCCGUCUUUCAUCUUCCUAGAAAAGAUACUGAUAAAUUUCUAUGUAGUUGUUCAUUAUCCAAUUUUUAUUAGCUAAAUUAUUGUAGCUGGAACCGUGUAAGAGAAUAAUCGAAAGUUCAUUGUCGUGCUGAUGGAUUUUGGUCAGUUUACUUAAGGGAAAUAACAUGUAAGAAUGUACCUAGCUUAGACUAUGCGCUUCUCAAAGCGGUUUCUGAAACUGCCUCAAACAAAUAUAUGAAUUUUUAGUCGUUUUUAUGUAAAAAGUAAUAUAAUUGUGUGAUAGUGAUGUGUGGUGUAAUGUUAUUUCAUUUAUUUGAAAUGAAAACAGAAUUUGUAUGUAUAAUAAAACCAUGGCAUGUUCUUGUAAUAUAAUUUGUAAUGUUUUGACUGAGUCUAAGAUACCGUAGACAUAGGAAGUCAUCAAUAACAUGCUAAGUAAUUUGUGUUGUACAUUACUUGUGAAUAAAGAUCUCUGCUGUUACGUCAGUUUUAUGUAGUACACUUUUCAAGUACAUGAUCUUGUU